AUGCCUAAUUCUACGGAAGAACUCAUUUUCGAAGUGCACGAAGUUUAUGCCUCGCUGAACUUCAAGCCCCCGCCCACACAAUUCACCAUUCUGGCUGCAUUCGUCCUGACCAGUGGUCUCCUCUCGUCACCCUUCCGGAAAGUGAUAUCCAUUGGUACUGGGUCGAAAUGUCUUCCCGCCACAAAGCUGCCGGAAAGGGGGGACGCACUGCACGAUAGCCAUGCUGAAGUCCUCGCCCGGAGAGGCGCGGUCAGAUGGUUCCUCGAAGAAAUACAGAGAAGCACAGGUUGUUCUAGUCCGUGGAUACACAAACACCCAGCUGCACAAGAAAAAUAUUCCCUUCGAGAGGGCAUCGAAGUGACUAUGUACGUUUCGACGGUCCCAUGUGGGGACGCCUCAACGCGCUAUCUGGCAUCCUUCCAAGACCCUGCGAUGGCAGGUCUGAAAGACUCGACCGUCUGGCCAACACUACCGGCUACUGUAGCUUCGAGGGGCCGGGACAACUACUCUCUCUACGGAGUCCUACGCACCAAGCCGGGGCGCGCGGAUUCGCCACCGACUCUGUGCAUGUCUUGCAGCGACAAGGUCGCGCGAUGGAAUGUCCUCGGGAUCCAAGGCGCCCUCAUGGCCGAUCUCAUGAGGCCCGUGUAUAUCAAUCGCAUCCUGAUUGGCGAAGUACCAUCUGAAAUGCACGAGAUAGUCCAGGCGGAUUGUGAAAGGGCUUUCUACGGAAGGCUCGACAGCCUAGAAGAUAUGCCUGCUUCCUAUGCAUUGCAUAGACCUUCGGUGGUCUUCACCGAUAGACCUUUCAUCCACUCCCGUUUAUCUUUGAUUUCGGCAGGGACUCCAAGUUCAUGUAACGAAUCAUUAUGUUGGAUAGCAGACUCCUCACAACCCAAAGAGGUACUGAUCAACGGCUUGAGGAGGGGUGUGCCUCCCAAGCAUCGUUACAAGGAGAAAUACAGGCCGUUACUCUCCAAGAUAUCCCUCUUCAACGUUUACCUUCAAACGCGACAGAAAGCGGGCCUCCCGACGACGCCAUAUCCAACCUAUUUCGCUGUCAAGCGAGCGGUGACGGAAUAUCAAGCCGCAAAGGACAGAUUGUUGGGAAAGGGAGCACCCUUCGAAGGAUGGGUAAGCAGUGGCGAAUUCUGGGAAAGCUUCGACUCAAGCGGCGAGAUCACACGUCCAAUUGACGACGGAAGCUAUGGAGGCACGGUAUCAUGA